GCUUUUACAUAUGUAUCAUUCCCUUCUUUCUUAUUUGGGAGGCGUCUGUGUGUUUUCCUGAAUUUACCAAAAGAAGAAAGAGAUCAUGUUCUUGAGAAGUUGCUCCCCUCUUUAUUAUUUUUUUAUUGAUUUAUAUACCCAUUAGGGUUAUAUUGCUAGAACUAGGGUUAUCACUCAUCAAAUAUCUCAGCUAAUCUUUCCCUUGAUGAUAUUCUUUCUAGGGUUUGUGUGAUCUUUUCAAUUCUCCUUAUUAGGUCUCUUGAGAUUUGAAAGUUCACAACAAGAUUUUCCUUGUCUUUAUGCUUCUUAACUGUUGCCCAUAAAGGUUAGUUGUCAGGUAUAAUAAUGGUGAGAGGGAAGACUCAGAUGAAGAGAAUAGAGAAUGCAACAAGCAGGCAAGUGACCUUUUCAAAGAGAAGGAAUGGACUGCUUAAAAAGGCCUUUGAGUUAUCAGUUCUUUGCGAUGCUGAAGUUGCACUCAUCGUUUUCUCCACUAGAGGGAAGCACUAUGAGUUUUCCAGCUCUAGUAUUAAUAGAACAAUAGAACGGUAUCAGAAGAGAGCCAAGGACGUAGGAAUCAGCAGCAAGAUGGUUCAAGACAAUAUACAGCCUGUGAAGGAAGAUACAUUUACUCUGGCCAAGAAGAUCGAGCUUCUUGAAGUCUCUAAAAGGAAGCUCUUAGGAGAGGGAUUGGAAACAUGUUCCACUGAUGACCUACAACAGUUGGAGAACCAGUUGGAGCGAAGCUUAACAAGAAUUAGGGCAAGAAAGAACCAGUUAUUUAGGGAGCGGAUUGAGAAGCUCAAAGGCGAGGAGAAAAUCCUGUUGGAAGAAAACACGAGGUUACGGGAGAAGUGUGGGAUGCAACAACCUGACCUCUCAUCAACCAGGAAGCAACAACUAUUAGAAGACCGACAAAUUACGGAGGUGGAGACAGAAUUGUUUAUAGGACCACCAGAGACACGGCUUGCCCCAAAACCAUAAGACUUGAAUAAUUGCAGUUUCAAAUUUGCAAUACAGUUCCAGCUUCCGAAGUGUCAAUGGUUUUUUCUUUUUUUCAAAUCAUUUGCAUCUGAUAGCUAAUGUCGCGAGUCAAAUAAACUUUCCCAAACAUAUUACAUGACAAAAAGGAGUUGAACAAUACCAUUGUGUGAUGAGUUAAAAUAUCUUUUGGAA